AUGCGCACCUCAAUCGCCUUGAACAGCAUGGCCCUUGCGAUCUCGGUCGCGGCCUUACCCCUGGAUAACUCUUCCAACAUGUCGAAGAUAUAUGUGCCCUCCGGCAUGUACUUGUCAGACAACGGAGCUAUCUUGCCAAUCCUUGCUCGCCGUCAGGACAUCGACUUCGAUCUCGUGGACCAGGCACCCGAACCGACCGUGGCAAUUGACGACUCGAGCAACUACAACCAACAAGCUGCGAUUGAUGCCGUCGUCAGCGAGGUCGAAGCCAAUCCCCUUCCGCAGAGACGCGACCUUCAUCGCCGUGAUAUCGUGAUCGAGACCAGCUCCGGCUACACACACAACAUACAAAUUAAGGAUGCCGCCAUGAGUGUGCCAAAGAAUUGCCANGGGCUCGGGACGACGUCUACCAAGGCCAGUAUUGCGCUNAUGUACACACAAGCCUGGGAUGCAAGCUACGCCAAGAACGACGGACAAUGGCGAGGAAAAGUGCACUACACAAUGGGCUUAAGCUACAUUGCUUCCAACGCAACCCAAUCAGGCGAUGUCAGCUGCCCUUCCGAUGUGCCCUACCUCAGUCAAAACGGGGCAGCUUUCUGUACCGCUUUCAUCGACUACAUNCCCCCUACAUCGACCGUGUCGACUGUCACUGUCGCUCCCGCCGUUUCUGUUUUAACUUCCACUCAGAGCAGCGUCAUAGUCAACACCCUCUACAGUACUCAACUUACCACUGACGUACAAAUCGCAACUGUUACCCGCAACUACAAGAGAGAUGUGCAGACACCUGCAUCGCUGUCGACUUGGUCUCCUUCCCGUAUCUCUGCUGCCUGUUCAUCGGUUGCGACCGGCACUGAGACAGUCACUGCUACCGAGACAGCUGCCACUCCUCUUAGCACGACUUUCACCACUCAGAGUAUAACACAAACUCAGACUGUCCCCACCACUGUUGUGAUCAAAGCUACUACGACAAAGUCUGUAGAUCCUGUCGCAACUCCCAUCAAGGGGCUCAACCUCAUUCAAAAUCCUUCCUUCGAGAACGGUCAGAAUGGUUGGUCGGUCCAAUACCCUAACGGAUUCAGCUGGACCUCGAACGCAUAUGUAUUUUCUUAUGCUGGCGCAGCUCAAUCCGGAAGCGGUUACGCUAUCACACACGUUAGCAACGGUGCUAUGGACUGGGUUCAGACCUUGACCGGUCUGUCAACCACUGCAGCGUACCAUCUGACUUUCUACACAUGGACUGGGCUCAACGGCAACCCAUGUACACUGCAGAUUAUCUUAGGGUCUGAUGUGCUGCUCAACGUGGCCCCCACGGACAGCCGGGGAGGCGGCUCAGCCGGUUAUGACAGACGUGAUCUGGAUGUCCAGCCUACAGCUUACAGAGAGGAUCUCCGCAUUCGCUUGACCUGCACGAACCCCAGUACCACUGCAAAUUUGUUCAUGGACAGCUUCUCGUUCUAUGCGGUCUAG